UUUUCGUCUGAACUGCACAGCUAAUGGCGUACCUACACUAUACACGUACAAAUGGAUACACAUGGUUGGAUCAACUGUCAUCAGAGACAAAUUUGGUGACCUGAUGAAUUUAGUGUCAGGGAGUACACUGGUCAUUCCAAAAGUAAGCUACCAAGACAUGGGGACGUAUAUAUGUGAGGUGGAGAAUGGGAUCCCGGGAAGAAAUGGUCAGAUUGCACAAAGAGGACAUGGGUUCAUGUCUGUGACAGGUAGUUCUCGAGUGAUCAAUGGACGGGAGAAAUAUGUCACAGAAAAGGACGUCUCUCUGGACAUCAAUGUAACCUUCAUCAGUUUCCCUGAGCCAGUCAACACAUCCAUCCUUCGGACAGACUCCUCUUUGCCUCCCCAGAGUGACCCCACCGUCUCCGUGUCCCCCGUCCCAGUGUCAGUGUCAUUCUAUAACAAGGACGUAAUCGUUGACGGCUACAUGGCGCAGAUACACUUCAACAAGUUUGAGGCAGAACACCAAGGACAUUACCAGCUGUAUAUCAGGAAUUCAUUUGAAUACACUUUCAACUUCAAAAUAAGUAUAUCAGACAAGCCGGACCCACCAACAAGUCUGAUGAUUGGUCAAAUCACGGAAUACAGCGCCAAUGUAUCAUGGAUUCCGGGAGAGGACAACGGACACGCUCAAAAAAUCACAUUAAUUCACCGAGAUUCUACCAGAAGAUUGGAGACAAAUGUCACCCUCAACGAUACUGUUUCUGCAUAUACAGUCAAAGAUCUUGCCAAAUCAACAAAGUAUGACGUCAUUCUUUAUUCCAGUAACUACAGGGGAACUAGUGAAACAAUCACCGGCUCAUUUACGACAAAAUCAGGAAAUGUAGUAAUGGGAACUGCUAUAAUUGGUUUGACUGCGGGUUCAGCUGCUGCGGUUAUCUUAAUUAUGAUUGUUGUAGUUGUAGUCCUUGUCAGUCGAAGUAGACGUCGUCGACAAAAACCCAGAGAGGAUAAGUCUGGAGAUGACGAUGAUGGAAUGAAAGAUAAUGUUCUAUAUGAAUCAGCUGGUCCCAAUUGGUCCCCUCAACCGGGCCCAAGUACCCAGGAGCAGCCUGGUGGAGCUGUUUAUGCUGUAGUGAAGAAACCUAAGUUAACAAUUAAAAUCAAAGAAACCCAGGGAUAUGCUGAGACCAAUACACCAAAGAAACCAGUCGAUGAUUCAGCAGCUUAUGCUGAGGUUCAGGACCCAGUUGAGUUAAAGACCAUACAAGAACCUGAAAAAGACUGGUCUGGAGAUGACGAUGAUGGAAUGAAAGAUAAUGUUCUAUAUGAAUCAGCUGGUCCCAAUUGGUCCCCUCAACCGGGCCCAAGUACGCAGGAGCAGCCUGGUGGAGCUGGUUAUGCUGUAGUGAAGAAACCUAAGUUAAUAAUUAAAAUCAAAGAAACCCAGGGAUAUGCUGAGACCAAUACACCAAAGAAACCAGUCGAUGAUUCAGCAGCUUAUGCUGAGGUUCAGGACCCAGUUGAGUUAAAGACCAUAAAAGAACCUGAAAAAGACUGGUCUGGAGAUGACGAUGAUGGAAUGAAAGAUAAUGUUCUAUAUGAAUCAGCUGGUCCCAAUUGGUCCCCUCAACCGGGCCCAAGUACGCAGGAGCAGCCUGGUGGAGCUGGUUAUGCUGUAGUGAAGAAACCUAAGUUAACAAUUAAAAUCAAAGAAACCCAGGGAUAUGCUGAGACCAAUACACCAAAGAAACCAGUCGAUGAUUCAGCAGCUUAUGCUGAGGUUCAGGACCCAGUUGAGUUAAAGACCAUAAAAGAACCUGAAAAAGACUGGUCUGGAGAUGACGAUGAUGGAAUGAAAGAUAAUGUUCUAUAUGAAUCAGCUGGUCCCAAUUGGUCCCCUCAACCGGGCCCAAGUACGCAGGAGCAGCCUGGUGGAGCUGGUUAUGCUGUAGUGAAGAAACCUAAGUUAACAAUUAAAAUCAAAGAAACCCAGGGAUAUGCUGAGACCAAUACACCAAAGAAACCAGUCGAUGAUUCAGCAGCUUAUGCUGAGGUUCAGGACCCAGUUGAGUUAAAGACCAUAAAAGAACCUGAAAAAGACUGGACUGCAGUUGACAAUGAUGGAAUGAAAGAUAACAUUGUAUAUGAAUCUGCUGGUCCGAACUGGUCCCCAAAGCAAGGUCUCGGUAUCCAGGAGCAGACUAGUGGAUAUUUGUAUGCUGAAGUAAAGAAAACCAAGGUGACAGCUGAUAUAACAGAAACAAAUGAAUAUUCUGAGGCAAACACAACGAAGAAAUCGAUAACGUAUACAGAGGAAGGAUUUGAGGAAGGAACGAAAGUUGCUGACGCUUCACCUGAACAGGGAUAAAGACAUCUAAGAACGGGCCUCUAAGAACUGGCAGUUUGUGCAAACCAAAUGGAUUUAAACAAGGCGGGUUUUUUAUAUAGCAAUUCUUUAAUGGAAAUCACAAACUACCUAUUUUAGUCGGAAUCAUUUAGAUAGUCCUUAUAUUGGAAGCAAACAACACAAUGGAAUUUAAGUGAAUGCAUAUUUAAUAUCUAUCACCUUCCGCAAAUAAAAACAAGAAUGCCGAUUUUAACUAUAUCUAUAUAACAGUAUUACACUUAUGUUCACUAUUGAAAAAGCAGUUGAAAGCCGAAUUGAAAAAAAAAAAUUAUCAACUUAUCAUCCCUCAGCAUACGUAAGUAAGUGGCCGUAACCACCGACCUUUACUUGUUAUCCGUCACUAAACGACAGAGACCAUGUGUCACUUCUUGUCAUCAGACACUUAGUAGUAGAAAUCAUGGGCCACUUCUUGUCAUCCGUCACUAAACGGAAUAAAGCAUGGGUCAUUUAUUGUCAUCCGUCACUAAACGGAAGAGAUCACGGGUCACUUCUUGUCAUCCGUCACCAAACGGUAGAGAUCAUUGGUCACUUCUUGUCAUCAGACACUAAACGGAAUAGAUAAUGGGCCAUUUAUUGUCAUCCGUCACUAAACGGAAGAAAUCAUGGGUCACUUCUUGUCAUCCGUCACUGAACGGUAGAGAUCAUUGGUAAUGUAUUGUCAUCCGUCACUAAACGGUAGAGAUCAUUGGUCACUUCUUGUCAUCCGUCACUAAACGGUAGAGAUCAUUGGUAAUUUAUUGUCAUCCGUCACUAAACGGUAGAGAUCAUUGGUCACUUCUUAUCAUCAGACACUAAACGGAAUAGAUAAUGGGCCAUUUAUUGUCAUCCUUCACUAAACGGACGAAAUCAUGGGUCACUUCUUAUCAUCCGACACUAAACGGUAGAGAUCAUGGGUCACUUCUUAUCAUCCGACACUAAACGGGAGAGAUCAUGGGUCAUUUCUUGUCAUUCGUCACAAAACGAUAGAAGUUAUGGGUCACUUCUUGCCAUCCUUCACUACGUACCGAUAACCAUGACAUUGAUUGUUAUCCGUCAUUAAGUUCUGAUGAUCAUAUGCAAUUGUUAAUAAUUCAUCACGACUAUAUUAUGUCAUUGCACCUCUUCCGUAACCGAGAACCCGUGAAUGUUUCAUGGUGUAGGUAUAGUCAUAUAUCAUUAAGUGAUUAUUUGUCAUUUCUGGUUAUCCGUCACCAAUCACCUAUUCAUAUGCCAUUCAUCGUCCACUUAUAAAUAGUUCCUGGGUUAGUAUGGCGUGAUUACUGUUGGUGUAUACCAAUAUGAUAUAUCCACACGUGAUACACAUGCAGAUGCAUUUAUGCUGAUUUUCUUUUGUCGUGAUUUUAUCAAUAUAUUUUCCGUUAGGUAUAUUUUGUUAAAAUUUUGUAUAGUUAUUAAUUUAUUUUAAUAUCAUAUGAUCACAUAGAAAAGCAAGUAGUGCAAACAGAAACAGUGACGUGACAUAAGUAUUGAUGAUGUUUCACCUGAUAUUUUUCGUAUGCAUUUUUUGUUUUUAAUAUAAUUAUGCUUGGCCUUUUUCUGAAAUAGAUGUACAUUCACUGUCCUUUUAACUAUAUCACUUCGUCCAAGCUUUUUAUCGUUGCGUUGCUUUAUCUAGGAUAACUUCAUAGUUACGUCAUUUUAUCCAAGAUUAUUUCUACAUGACAAUUUUAUCCCAGUUAACCGUAUACGUACAUCACUUAUGCUUAAUUUGUAAUAACAUAUAUAAAGUCAAGGUUAUUAGAAUUGCAUCAUGUUGACAAAGCUUGAUUUAUGAUUACAUAAAUUUACCAAACCCAAGUUUAUAACUACAUCGCUUUAUCAAAGAUUAUUUUAUGAUUACAUCUCUUUAUUAAAGAUAUCAUCAUAGCAUCAUUAUAUACAAUCUUUUUUGUAUCAUAUCAUAAUUUGUUCAAGUAUGUUUUAUAACUUUAUCACUAUAUCCAAGCAAAUUAUAUAAUUUCGUCACUCUAUUUAACUUAUACACUUAUAUUAUAAUAUAUCACUGUAUCCAAGCUAUUUUAUUUCAUAAUAACAACACAACCCCCC